GUAGCUUCGACUCGGGAUCAGCGGAAUCGCGUGCGCGCCCUCCCUCACGCGGGCAGCCAGUCUCGUGAGCGCGCGCUGGUGUGGUGGAAGAUGGCGCUAGCCGAAUGGAAAUCCUAAUGACAGUCUCCAAAUUUGCCUCUUUUUGUACCAUGGGCGCCAAUGCCUCUGCCCUGGAGAAAGAGAUUGGAUCUGAGCAGUUUCCGGUCAAUGAGCAUUACUUUGGACUUGUCAAUUUUGGGAACACCUGUUACUGCAACUCAGUGCUGCAGGCUCUCUACUUCUGCCGGCCGUUCCGGGAGAAAAUCCUGGCGUACCGCAGUCAGCCACGACGGAAGGAGAACCUGCUCACCUGCCUGGCCGACCUGUUCCACAGCAUUGCCAACCAGAAGAGGAAAGUGGGCGUCAUACCACCAAAGAAGUUCAUCACACGGCUACGAAAAGAGAAUGAGCUGUUUGAUAACUACAUGCAGCAGGACGCUCAUGAGUUCCUGAACUACCUUCUCAAUACCAUUGCGGACCUGCUGCAGGAGGAGAAGAAGCAGGAGAAGACAAAUGGCCGCCUUGCCAACGGCACUUUAGACUCUCAGAACAAUAACAGCAAUGCCACGCCAGCUCCCACAUGGGUCCAUGAAAUCUUCCAAGGCACUCUGACCAAUGAGACUCGAUGCCUCACCUGUGAAACGAUAAGCAGCAAAGAUGAGGACUUCCUCGACCUCUCUGUGGAUGUAGAACAGAAUACCUCCAUCACACACUGCCUCAGAGGUUUCAGUAACACAGAGACACUGUGCAGUGAGUACAAAUACUACUGUGAAGAAUGUAGAAGCAAGCAAGAGGCACACAAGAGGAUGCGUGUGAAGAAGCUGCCGAUGAUCUUGGCUCUGCACCUGAAGCGCUUUAAAUACAUGGAGCAGCUGCAGCGCUACACCAAGCUCUCCUACCGCGUGGUCUUCCCCCUGGAGCUCCGCCUCUUCAACACGUCGGGAGACGCCACUAAUCCCGAGAGGCUGUACGACUUGGUGGCGGUGGUGGUGCAUUGUGGGAGCGGUCCAAACCGGGGUCACUACAUCGCCAUUGUGAAAAGUCAUGACUUCUGGUUGCUGUUCGACGACGAUAUUGUGGAGAAAAUAGAUGCUCAGGCCAUAGAGGAAUUCUACGGACUCACUUCUGAAAUCUCCAAGAACUCGGAGUCGGGUUACAUCCUCUUCUACCAGUCCAGAGACUAACAGCAGCCGGUCACCCAGGAGACAGGCGGCCCGUGGAGCGGUGUCUCACCCGUGCUUGUACUCACUCGCCGCCGCAGCUCAGCCGUGGAAGCCCCCGCCGCUCUCUGUGUCCCUGCUGACCUUUCACUCCUCCCCUGCGUCCAUCCUCCGCUGCUGCCGGACGGGGGGACCACGCUGAAUGAAAAACUGAUUGUUUCUAAAGACACUGAUGGUUGUACAGAUGUUUGUAUGUUCUGGAUCCCGCCCUGGGCUGAUGGGUAUUUAAUCAUUCAUGUGAACUUGGCUUCGUGUGGUAGAUCAUAUUGAUGGUCUAAACGCUUGUGGGUGAGGAGGCGGCGUGUACCCCAUGCUGGGUGGUGUAUAUCUGCAGUGUACAGAAUGGUAUUUGUAUAAAUAUGACGAGAAUAUUAUCAUUGGAAACAUGUUAGCCCUUGAGCAAGAUGUAUUGACACUAUGGUGCACUUUUGAUACCGUUUUGUAGGUGUUGGAGAGUUACAUGUGAGGGUUUGCUUGAAGCAAUUAUUUUCUGUUUUAAAGAAAAAGAAAUAAAGAUUGAAGCAGG